GCUGCUAGACUGAAGACCUUAACAGUCUAAUUUAGUCUAUUAAUAGUUUAGAUAAAAAUUCGUCGAAAAUACAUCAAAAAUAUAAAUAAAAAGUUACGUUAUGUUAUGGGAGUAAAUGAAUUUAAAUCUAGAAAAAUAAUUAGGAUAGUUAUAGAACAAGCCAGGUAUGGACAUAUAUUUCCCUUUAAUGUUGAUUAUUCUUGGUAUGAUGUAUAAUUCUGCAAUGGACGUUUCACUGGAAAGGACUAUGGAUGAGAAAUUGGUUCUGUGUGGGGAAACUUUAACUUCUCUAUUCUCAGCGCUUUGUAUUGAAAGCUACAGCCCAUACCAACAUCCGUAUAGUAGAAGAAAAAGGGCCAUAGCCCAAGAAUGUUGUGUUGAACCCUGCACCACAAAUGAGCUGCUCUCGAAUUAUUGCAAAGUCCAAAACGAGACUGCUGUCGAAAUGUUUCGUCAAGGUCACGCCACAGAUCUGUUCCAAUUUUACCUCAGAAGAAAAUCGUUCAAGAGAUUCAAACAUAAAAGGCCGAGAAGAUCAUGCAAAUCACCUAGAAAACACACAAAAGAAGAAAAAUACAUACUCUCCAGAAACGUACCUCAGUACAUCAUCGGGUACACUCCAUAUGAAGAAAAUGUUCCUUUAUUAGUACCAAUUUCUAUGAAAUAAAAAAGAAAAAUUCACUAGAAACAAGAAAAAACAACUAAACACUUAAACCUAAUGAGCAGAGUCUUUUUUCUUAUCUAUCUAAAUCUGGUACCAAAAGAACAAAAUAAUUGACUAUUUAUACAGGGUGCCAUUUAAAUAAGUUUUUAAUAAGUAUUUUAAAAUUGAAAAUUACAGAAAAAGUUAAAUAACUCGGUUAUUUUCAAUUUAUUUUAACAAUGUCAAAAUAGAAAAUAUGUUUCUUUUGUCCAGAUGUACCAACUUUUAUACCAUGUAUAUUAAAAAAUAUUUUCUGUGGCACUAUUAAUAAAAAUGUAAUGCACAUUGUGUUGAUUGUGUGUAUUGUGCCUGUGUGAUGUGUCUUAUUUUUGUAUACAACUUUUCUAUAACAUGAGCU